AUGGGAAAUCGAAUUCCAACUCGCCGUUCAAAUGAACACGAAUACCCACCCGAAGCCGUAGAAUUUUCCACGUACAUUUUUGGUGAUCACUGCAACACUCCCCCAGCCACAGGUCCUCCUCCAUAUCAGCUCCACCAAAUAGAAGCAGCGGCGCAAACAGGUUUCAACCCUUUGGUGUUGCACAAAGCAGUCACUUGGGGUCCUCCUCAUAUCCCAGCAGAAGUUUUUAAUCGACAGUUGCUUGAAGAUGAAGCUUUAGCUCACGCGUUGCAGAUGCAGGAAUUGGAGAACGACUAUCAGCAUUUUUCCAUGCAAGAACACUAUAGGGAUGAAAUCCAUGAUAAUGUCGAUGUAGAUAACAUGAAUUAUGAGGAAUUGCAAGCAUUAGAAGAAACCAACGGCAGUGUUGACCAAGGGCUCUCUGAAGAGAUUCUUUCCAUGUUGCCAUCUCACAAAUACAAGCCACCAAAGAAAAAAGUCGGUUCGACAGAUGAAGAUAGUAACAAAGAGUGCUCUAUAUGCAUGAUGGAGUAUAAAAGGGGCGAUGCGAUGACCACUUUGCCAUGUUCGCACCAGUAUCAUGAAAAGUGCAUUAAAAAAUGGUUGGAGAAUGAUAAGAAAUGCUGCAUCUGCAAAAAGGAGGUAAUGCCUUGA